AUGGACAACCCUGUUGCUAAGAAUUACCAACAUAUCCUAGCUAUGGCAUUUGCUAUAAAGGAGAUAAAUGAAAACCCACAAAUCUUACCCAAUCUCACCUUGGGCUUCUAUAUUUAUGACAGCUAUGACAAUGCUCAAAGGACAUAUCAGGCUACAAUGCUGUUUCUCUCAUCAGUGGAGAGACUGAUUCCCAAUUACAGCUGCAACAUCCAUAAUAAUUUACUAUCUGUUGUUGGAGGAUUGGAUGCUGAAAUUUCUCUUCAUGUCUCUACCAUCUUGGAUAUCUAUAAAGUUCCACAGCUUCAUUACUUUCUAAGAAGAGUCUCUUUUAACAAUAGUGCUGGGGACCAGAUCUCCUUUGACCAAAAUGGCAUAAUAAGAGCUGGGUUUGAUAUUAUCAACUGGAUUGCUUUCCCAAACAAAUCAUUUCAUCGUGUAAAAGUUGGGAAGAUGGAUCACCUAGCUCCUCCAGAUCAAGGUUUAACUAUCAAUGAUGACCUCAUUACAUGGCACAAUUUGUUCAACCAGGUGCAGCCUAUUUCUAUCUGUACUGAGAGCUGUUAUCCAGGUUUCAAUAAGAAAGUCAAGGAAGGGAAGCCAUUUUGCUGCUAUGAUUGCAUUCCAUGCCCAGAUGGGAGCAUUUCAACUGAGAAUGACAAAAAUGAAUGCUUUAAAUGCAAAGAUGACUAUUAUCCCAACACAAGAAAAGACUUCUGUGUUCCAAAAAUUGUCAGUUUCUUGACUUACAAAGAACCUUUAGGGUUGAGUUUAGCCUGUCUUGCACAUUCUUUUACCCUAGUCACAGUUCUGGUGCUAGGAAUAUUUGUAAAGAACCAUAACACUCCCAUUGUCAUAGCCAACAACCGGGAUCUGAGCUAUAUUCUCCUCAUCUCCCUCCUGCUCUGCUUCCUUUCAUUGCUACUAUUCAUUGGCCAGCCUGGAAAGGUGACCUGUCUUCUCCGACAAACAACUUUUGGAAUGGUUUUCUCAGUGGCCAUUUCUUCUAUCUUGGCAAAAACCAUCACAGUGAUUAUAGCAUUUAUGGCUACCAAACCAGGUUCCAGGAUGAGGAAAUGGGUGGGGAAGAAAUUAACCAAUUCCAUUGUUGUUUCCUGCUCCCUGAUCCAAGCAAGCAUCUGUAUUUUGUGGUUAUCAAUGGCUCCCCCUUUCCCAGAUGUUGAUAUGGUCUCAGUGCCUGAAAAAAUUGUACUACAAUGUAAUGAAGGCUCUGUGGUCAUGUUUUAUUGUGUCCUUGGCUAUAUGGGUUUCCUGGCUCUUAUCAGCUUCACUACAGCUUUCCUUGCUAGGAAAUUACCGGACAGUUUCAAUGAAGCUAAGUUCAUCACAUUCAGCAUGUUGGUCUUCUGCAGUGUUUGGUUGUCCUUUGUCCCAGCAUAUUUAAGCUCCAAGGGAAAAUACACGGUGGCUGUUGAGAUCUUUUCCAUCUUAGCCUCCGGUGCUGGGCUUCUCAGUUGCAUCUUUUUGCCAAAAUGCUAUGUCAUUGUGUUGCGACCAGAAUUGAAUAACAGGGAACAAUUAAUUAGAAGGGUUCCACCAGAAGCUCUUCAACAUGCAGGGAUGGUCUCACUGCUCCUGCAUUUUAACUGGACCUGGGUUGGGCUCCUGGCAACAGAUAGUGAACAUGGAGAAGAAAUUAUUCGAAAUGUGGUUCCACUUUUUUCCAAAAAAGGAAUAUGUUCUUCUUAUAUUGAAAAACUCCCAAAAUAUAGUGAUAUGGGUGGAUUGGCUGGUAUGUAUGAACAGGGAAUAAAAUUAUAUGAUCUUAUCAUGGACAAUAAAGCUAAUGUGAUAGUUGUUUUUGGAGAAUCUACCACCAUGGGGACUUUGAGAUGGUUCACAUAUCUAUCAAAGUCCUCAGAUGUGACAAGUAAACCUAAAGGAGUUGCAUGGAUACUGAAUGCUCAGAUUGAAUUUGCUUCAUCAGCAUUUCAAUGCGAUUGGGAUACAGAAAUAAUCCAUGGUGCUCUUUCUUUCACAGUGCAAUCUGUUGAUCUGCCAAAGUUUAAAUCAUUUCUUAAGAAGAAAAAUCCCUUCAUCACCAAGGAAGAUGGAUUCAUCAAUCUGUUCUGGCAAGAUGUUUUUGCCUGUAUUUUGCCUGAUGCAGUUCCGAGUGAUGUGCCUGAGAAAAUUUGUAAUGGGGAAGAGAAUCUAGAGACUCUUGCUGGACCUCUUUUUGAAAUGAAAAUGACUGGUCACAGCUACAGCAUCUAUAAUGCUAUUCAUUCUUUAGCUCAUGCUUUACAUGCCAUGUCCUCCUCAAAACAUAAAAGAAGAGGUCUGACAGACAGAAUAGGAGGGAAGAUCCAUAAAAAAGACUUCUGGCAGUGCGGAAAACUUGUUUCAUUUGAUCAGAAUGGGGUAGUAAGUGGUGGAUUUGAUGUUAUCAACUGGAUUGUUUUCCCAAACCAGUCAUUUAUUCGAGCAAAAAUUGGAAAUAUAGAUCACUUAAGUCCUCCAGAGGAAAUGUUAACCAUCAAUAAUGAAAACAUUACCUGGCACAGAUGGUUUAAUCAG